AUAAUAUUGGAGAACAAAGUACUGACAUAGGACAAAACAAUCAAGGCGAUGAACCAGUUUUGUCAAAAGAAUUAAAAAAGCUGCUUAAGAGUUUGUCCUCAAGACAAAAGGCAAUGUACAACUGUAUGCCUAACAAUGAAUUGAAAAUUGCAUAUCUGGAGGGAAUUUUUGAGGACCAAAGAAGGGGGAUAUGUAUU